GCACCGCAGGUAGGGCAGGAGGCUGGAGCGCCUGCUGCCCGCUCGCCCGUAAAAUGGUCACCUCGGCUGGACAGCUCGUCCUGUUGGCGCUGGGUGUCGUGUUGACCGUGUGCCAAGCCCUGGAGAACAGCACGUCCUCCCAGAGUGACCCGCCCAUGGCCGCAGCAGUGGUGUCUCAUUUUAACGACUGCCCAGAUUCCCACACUCAGUUCUGCUUCCAUGGAACCUGCAGGUUUCUGGUGCAGGAGGACAAGCCAGCAUGUGUCUGCCAUUCUGGGUACGUGGGUGCACGUUGUGAGCACGCAGACCUCCUAGCCGUGGUGGCUGCCAGCCAGAAGAAGCAGGCCAUCACCGCCUUGGUGGUGGUCUCCAUCGUGGCCCUGGCUGUCCUCAUCAUUGCGUGUGUGCUGAUACACUGCUGCCAGGUCCGGAAACACUGUGAGUGGUGCCGGGCCCUUGUCUGCCGGCAUGAGAAGCCCAGUGCCCUCCUGAAGGGAAGGACCACUUGCUGCCACUCAGAAACAGUGGUCUGAAGAGCCCAGAGGAGGAGUUUGGCUUGGGGACUGUGGCAGCCCAAUGAAGAAAGGCCUUCUUGAGGACAGGACCGCCAGAGGCACCUGGACGUACUGGCAGACCUUCCCUACUCUGCCCGUGAUCGCCCGCACAACCUUUUUGUCUUCUCUGGGCCUUUAAAACUCUGUCAAGAACUCUGUCUGCUUGGGGUUAUUCUGUGUGACCUAGAGGAGCAAUCAGCGGGCCACCGUUUAAAGACUGGUCAAAAAAGAACUGCAAAGAGGUGGCCUCCUGUUUACCUAGAUAAGGUGUGUGCAUCGGUCGGUGUCUGAGUCCAGGUGUACGCAGUGGUCUUCUGCCAGUCACGGAUUCCGGGCUGUAUUUCUUUCUCGUGGGACACCUCCCCACCACAGAAUCCUGCCCAAUGUAGGAGAUUUCUGUAGUUGUUACCGUUGUCUCUCAUCUGCUUAUCGGGGAGGAAGGUGGAGAAGGGGAAACUGCCUAUUGUUACAUGAAGACGCCAACUUUACAAGGAGCCACGUCCUCUGGCCACAAGACCCUCAACCAGCCCGACAUCUUCCACAAACAUGUGAUGUCGAAGACCAUCCCAUGCUGUUGCCACCCUCAGAGAUAAUUUCUUAUUUAUUAGAUGGAGAAUGGUUUUAUUUUUAAUCUCUUAAG